GGAUUUAUGACGUGGCCACUCAAAUGCGCGGAUCAUCGAUUUUCCUUACUGCGCAUAAAAGCCGCUUUCUACAUCGUCUCAGCUUGAGAUUUUGAAGUUGAGUUGACUGUACAGGUUUGUUGUGGCGUUUUUGCCAGUUUUUAAUCUCCUUAGACCUGGGAAAACCGCUUUGUACAGGCAUAUGGAGCGCUACAGUUCACCGGGGUUCAUUUUUUUGAUUUUGAGUGCAUGGAUUUCUUGUUGUGUUGCGUUUUAUCUACCGGGUUUGGCGCCUGUUUCGUACUGCGAACCGGGAAAGGCGUCAAAUCCUGCCUGUUUGUCCAAAAUUGACUUGUUUGUCAACCGACUAGACUCUGUGGAAUCAGUGAUCCCUUACGAAUAUGCAAGCUUUGAUUUCUGUAUCCCUCCUGCAAGUAAGUCAUCACCUACGGAAAAUCUUGGCCAGGUUGUGUUUGGGGAAAGAAUCCGACCAUCCAUGUACAAUAUAACCUUCAAGAAAGAUGAAAUAUGCAAAACUCUCUGUUCAAAAUCUUACAAUCCUGGUACACCAGAAGAUAUGAAAAAGCUGGAAUUUUUGAAAAACGGAAUUGCUCUUAAUUAUCAGAACCACUGGAUAAUUGACAAUAUGCCUGUGACGUGGUGUUAUGAAGUCGCAGAUGAACCAAGCAGAUACUGCUCCACUGGAUUUCCUAUUGGAUGCCAUGUGUCUGAAGAUGGACAAGCUCGCGAUGCCUGCGUGACAAGUACCUUGUUUAAUGAACGUGGGAUGCACUACGUGUUCAACCACAUUGACAUUGAGAUCAAGUACCAUGAUGGCUCAGGUGAAGACUGGGAUGGAUCCCGUCUGAUGUCUGCAAAAGUUACACCAAGAAGCAUUAAACACACAAAGGAAGGGGACUGCGCUACUGAUUCACCAGCCAUGGGGAUUCCACUUGAUUUCAAAGGCACCAGUGAAUUCAAAAUCCUCUACUCAUACACUGUCAGAUUUAUGCGAGAAGAAGAUGCAAAUCACAAGUGGGCAUCACGCUGGGACUACAUCCUUGACUCAAUGCCACAUACCAAAAUCCAGUGGUUUAGCAUCAUGAAUUCCCUGGUCAUUGUGCUGUUCUUGUCUGGAAUGGUAGCCAUGAUUAUGCUACGAACUCUACACAAAGACAUUGCCCGUUACAAUCAGAUGGAUUCAGCGGAGGACGCUCAAGAAGAGUUUGGCUGGAAGUUGGUCCACGGAGAUGUUUUCCGUCCACCCAAGAAGGGUAUGUUACUAUCUGUCAUGCUGGGAUGCGGAACACAGAUAUUCAUCAUGGUGUUCUUUACUCUAGUAUUUGCUUGUCUGGGAUUUCUGUCUCCUGCUAACCGUGGAGCUCUAAUGACCUGUGCUCUGGUGCUGUUUGUUUGCCUUGGGUCUCCUGCUGGUUACGUUUCUGCCAGAAUUUACAAAAUGGUUGGUGGUGAAUUAUGGAAGACUAAUGUUUUGCUGUCAGCAUUCUUUUUCCCUGGAUUGAUGUUUGGCAUUUUCUUCCUGUUGAAUCUUGUUUUGUGGGCUGAAGGCUCGUCGGCUGCUGUUCCAUUUACCACAUUACUUGCCUUGUUAACCAUGUGGUUUGGUAUUUCUGUUCCUCUUACCUUCCUGGGUGCCUACCUUGGAUUUAAAAAGAAGCCCAUUGAGCAACCUGUGCGUACCAACCAGAUCCCUCGGCAGAUUCCAGAUCAGAGUAUUUACACCAGAGCUGGCCCAGGCAUAAUCAUGGGAGGUGUAUUGCCUUUUGGCUGCAUUUUUAUCCAGUUAUUCUUCAUCUUGAACAGCAUUUGGUCGCAUCAGAUUUAUUACAUGUUUGGUUUCUUGUUUGUCGUGUGCUUAAUUCUGCUGCUGACCGUAUCUGAGACGACCAUUCUGUUGUGCUAUUUCCAUCUUUGUGCUGAGGAUUAUCACUGGUGGUGGCGUUCAUUCCUGACUGGCGGCUGUACUGCCGUGUAUUUCUUCUUGUACUCUAUUCAUUUCUUUGUCACUAAGUUGACAAUCACUGGAACAGCCUCCACCUUUUUGUACUUUGGCUACACUCUUAUCAUGGUGCUGAUUUUUUUCCUCUUUACUGGUACUGUGGGCUUCUUUGCUUGCUUCUUCUUUGUGAGAAAAAUUUACAGCAUCGUCAAAGUCGACUAACCAGUCCAGUGGAGAUUAACCAUAUUUAAUAUUCUGAGAAUAGGAGAUCGGGAAAAAAUAUGUGCAAAAACUAGCUCUGGCUAUCUAGCAGUGUUGACCAUAGCUAAGCUUUGUAACUUAUUAAGGUGUACAAGUAAGGGCGAGGGGUGGAGAAGGAGAAUUAGGAAGGAUGGGGUGGGGGGGGGGGAUGGACAGUGGGUUGGUGGGGGUGAAGGGUGUAGUCUGGAAGGAGGGAAUAAUAGGGAAAGGAAACACCCCCCAGUGAUCAUAUCCUAACAUCUCUCAACCUUUUUCAUAGUAAAUGUAGAAGGCAGGUUGUGGAAAUUAAGGAGUUGGUCACUUCGGGAAAAAAAAAACUGCCAUGACUCCGCCGAAGAAAAAUUUGCAAUGUUUCUUUCAAAGGCGUUAGACAACAGGCAAAGAUCUUUAUUGUGUGUUUUUAGGCGAACGAAAACUUGUAAUCGUCUUCUGAAUUAAGAUUUUGGAUGUUUGUGAUUAAUUGUAUUAGUGGACUUAAGAGAUGAAUACAACUAUUUGUUGCUGAUUCUAUAACACUUCAGUUAUCACCCCUUAUCACCUGUGAUACGUUCACAAAAUUGUAGUAAUGGUCACCUGAUAUAUUUAUGCGUAGUUGUUGUACCAUUAAGCGUUCAUUCACAUGCACUGUAGCGAAGCAGUGUUGGUAGACUGUUGAUGUAAAUCUUAAGAAUAGAUUGUUGGUGGGUAAAUAGGUUCUUUUGUGUUGUUGAGGUCAGAUGGAAAUGUGAGGGAAAGCUAAGAUAAAAACUGUUCAAAAGAUGGCUAUUACACCCAAACUGUAUUCAUUUUGUAACUUAAGCAGUUCUCUAGCGUUAUUGAUAUCUGUUGCGGGAGCUUUACCAGCCAAGGGUUCUGUACCCGAGACAAACACUGCAAACAAAGAUUCUCUCAUAUUACACACCCUAACACAGUUUUAGGCUUUUUCUAGUAAUUAUUUUAAGCGAAGUAGAUAAACUGCGAGAAAUCAGUGGAAUUCUGUGGCCAAGGAGAAUCCGAAUUAAGGCUGCAGGUUGUAUAUGUUCGUUACUUUUGUUAAUUUUUUUUUUGUGACAUGCUCUCGUGAACAAAUUGACCUCAGUUUUUCAUGUGUCUAUCCUGUUAUUGAUCAUGAUUUUGUCAUGACAUUGUCAAAGAAGCUCCGGAUCCGCAGACUACUUUGACAAUGUUAUGACGAAAUUCAUUGUCAAUAAGAGGACAGAUGCAUUAAAAACUGACGUCAAUUUGUUUUUUACGAUAACAAAUUGUCAACUUGUCCGCUGAUUGGCAAUGAAAAUUAGGCAUUGAGCGCGUGCGAAUUUCUGCAGUUAUCGUAAAAUUGGUUAUUGCGUUUUAGAUGUCUGUUUACUAGUAGCAAGGGAUAAAGUUGGUUUACAGUCUGCUGUGGUUCACGCUUUUAAUCAGAGUGCUUUAAAAUUUGCCUCUCUGGCAUGGGGUAUUUAUAAGGUUGCAACUUGAGUCAGAGGCUUACAGUGUAGGAGAUUAAAACCAAUUAAAUAAUCUAAGGCUGAGCAAUGCUUUAGUGAUAACUUUGGUUGUAGCAGACGAGGUUAAAAAGGUGCACUUUUAGACUGAGUAUUAAAAUUAAAAAAAACGCGAUUUGCUCAAGAAAGCCAA